AUGGCGUCCUUCCGCCUGACCAUCGAGGACGGCCAGUUCCGCGACGGCCACGGCCGCCAGGUCGUCCUGCGCGGCAUCAACGUCGCCGGCGACGCCAAGCUGCCCAGCGAGCCCGACCAGCCAUCCCACGUCGGCGACGACUUCUUCGACGGCGACAACGUCACAUUCCACCAGCGGCCCUUCUCCAAGGACGAUGCGCCCACGCACUUUGCGAGGCUGCGCCGUUACGGCUUCAAUACCAUCCGCUAUGUCUUCACCUGGGAGGCCAUCGAGGCCGCCGGCCCGGGAAUCUACGACGAGACGUGGAUUCAGCACACCAUUGAGAUCCUGCGCGUCGCAAAGUCCUAUGGCUUCUACGUCUUCAUGGAUCCGCACCAGGAUGUCUGGUCGCGCUUCACCGGCGGCUCCGGCGCCCCCAUGUGGACCAUUUACGCCUGCGGCCUGAACCCCCAGAGCUUCGCCGCCACCGAGGCCGCCAUCGUCCAGAACACAUACCCCGACCCCGAUACGUUCCCCAAGAUGAUCUGGUCGACGAAUUACUACCGUCUCGCCGCCGGUACCAUAUUUACUAUGUUCUUUGCCGGCAAGGACUUCGCGCCCAAUUGCAUCAUUGACGGCGUCAACAUCCAGGACUACCUCCAGAACCACUUCAUCAACGCGUGCGGCCAGCUUGCCAAGCGCAUACACGAGGCCGGCGACCUCGAAGACGUCGUAGUCAUGGGAUGGGAGAGCAUGAACGAGCCGAACCGCGGCAUGACCGGCUACGUCGAUCUGACGGUCAUCCCCAAGGAGCACCCGCUCAAGAAGGGCACCUGCCCGACCAUGUGGCAGACAUUCCUCACCGGCAUGGGGAGAGCUUGCGAAGUCGACACUUGGGACAUGGGUGGUCUCGGACCGUACAAGACCGGCACCACGCUCGUCGACCCCCACGGCGAGAUUGCGUGGCUCCCGGAGGGCUACGACGACUCCAAGUAUGGCUGGAAGCGCGACCCCAGCUGGAGGCUCGGAGAGUGCAUCUGGGCGCAACACGGCGUCUGGGAUCCCGAGACAGAUACACUACUCAAGAAGGACUACUUCCAAAAGAACCCGCGUACCGGAAAGGCCAUCGACUACCCUGAAUUCACCAACACGUAUUUCAUGGACUUUUGGCGAAAGUACCGCGACACAUGUCGCAAGCACCACAAGGAUUGCAUCAUGUUGAUGCAGUACCCGACUCUGGAGCUGCCGCCCCAGAUCAAGGGCACCGAAGACGACGACCCGCUGAUGGCGUUCACGCCGCACUUUUACGACGGCAUCACUCUCAUGACGAAGCAUUGGAACAGCACGUGGAACGUCGACGUCGUCGGCGUGCUCCGAGGAAAGUACCUGCAUCCAGCGUUUGCCAUCAAGAUAGGCGAGACGGCCAUUCGCAACUGUCUCAGAGAUCAGCUCGCUACAUUGCGACAAGAGGGUCUCGAUCGGAUUGGCAAGCAUCCGUGCAUCUUGACAGAGUUUGGCAUUCCUUACGACAUGGACGACAAGAAGGCAUAUAAAUCGGGCGAUUACACGAGUCAGUCAGCGGCGCUCGAUGCCAACUACUUUGGCGUCGAGGGCUCGCAAAUAGAAGGACACUGCCUGUGGCUAUACAGCACGAACAACGACCAUGAGCGCGGCGACCAGUGGAACGGCGAGGACCUGUCCAUCUUCUCACUAGACGAUAAGCUUCCGCCGCUGUCACCCCUCCCCAAGACCUCUCUACCUAACCAGUCGGCCACGAGCCUCCUGAAGCUCUCCACCAUGAAUAGGGAAGGCGGUGGCCCUGGCGGCGACGAUGAGGCCGUCACACCCGGAAACCUCCAGCGGACGCUCACAAACCCAUCCAUCAGCUCCACGCCCUCGCUCAAGGACCCCGAGCUGACCAACGCGCCGGGCUACCGCGCCGCCGAAGCAUUCAUCCGACCCACCCCCACGGUCGUCGCCGGAGACGUCGCAGCCACGGGCUUCGACCUGCGCAGGUGCACCUACAACCUCAAGGUCAAGGCCGCGAAGCCCGCCGGCGAUGACGCCCCCACCGUCGUCUUCCUGCCCGAGUUCCACUUCCCCAAGGACCAGGCCGAAGUGACCGUCUCGGCGGGCAAGUGGGAGCUCAGUACCGAAGAGGACGACGGCCCCCUGCUGCAGUGGCUCCGCUGGUGGCACCCGGAGGGCGAGCACACGCUCACGGUGCGCGGCGUGGUGAGGAAGCACAACGUCCCUGAGGGCUCGGCCGAGGAGGCCGGGUACCUGGAGCAGUGUCAGGAGGGGUACGGGUUCAACUUUGGGAGCUGCUCCGUCAUGUGA